CGAAAGAAAACGGUUGCAUCUGCUGCGCGUCAAGGUACGAGGAGAGCGAUAAAUUGCAUUUUAAAUUGAGACCAAACAAGUUAAAACGUAAUUAUUUGGGAUGAAAAGUUGAGAAGAGGGUAGCUGGAUUUGACAGUAAUUCUUGAAGUUUGUAAAAUCGCGUUUUGAAAUCCCAUUUUGGAAGUCGGGACUGCGCCCUCCGAAAUUGACCGUUUGCCGUUUGUGCCCAAGAUGGCUCCGAUCGUGGACAACAAUCAGUUCGAGCUGCCGGCGGUGGAGACUCCGGGCAAGAAACGUCGCCGCAACGCGGACACGAACCCGUUUCUGUCGUCGUCCUUUUCGGACCAGACGUUCAACAUUCCGUCGUCGACGCCGAUCCACAACAGGCCGGUGGACGGGAGUGCGUUUGAGAAUCCGAGCUUCCGGUAUGGAGGGGGACACAACAAGGAGAAUUACAACGUAUUUUCGGACUCGUGCAUGGAGGUGAAGUCGAUCGCCGAGCUGGCCAACGGCACCGGGGAGAAUCCGUUCGAGGUGGUCAGGAAGCCGCCGACGAAGAGGAAGAAGAUAAACAACAACUUUGAGGAGAGUUGCUUCGUCAAUCCGGGACUUAAUCUGCAGGCAGCGGAUAAGCCAACGGUUAAUCCGUUUGAGAUUGUACGCAGUGAGGACGCGGCACGGAGGGAAAAUGAGUCGUGCUUUGUGAAUGGAGCGUUGAAUAUUAAAGGGAAGGAUAACGUGGGAGAACGGGUUAAUCCGUUUGAGAUAACUAGGCCGGUGGAGACGGGUGUCGGUAAUGAGAAGGCGGGAGUUGCGGCUGAGGAGCUUAAGGGGAUCGAGAACCCUGGGUUGGAGAUGCAAACGUACGCGUUGGCCGUUCCGUUUACGCCGUCGAUUAACCAUCGGAUUAAUUUUCAGGAACUUCCAGCUAGCGCGCUGACCCCGUGUCAGAUGUUAGCUAAGAACCUGGUGUUUAGUCCGGAACCAACAGGAACAGCUGAAGGAAAUCUGAUAACUCCCAAGCGUAAUGCAACCGUCACAAAACGCAAGUCUCUGUCGGUUAUUAGCGAGGAACCUCUAGAUAUCGGAGAGGAACUCGACUGUUACCAGUUGGAGUUAGAAAACAGCAUGAACGAGGCCAAAGCCCGUCGACAAGUUACCAAUGGACCUGCUGGAUCAAUUGGAGUCAAGCGCAAGACUCGUCGCAGUCUGAUCGACGUCAAGCACAUCAGCAACCUCUCCAUGAAGCUCAAACAGCUGGAAGAUUCGGAUGAAGAGGAAGCCGCCAAAGAUCCAGAACCGGAGGAAGAGUUGGCAAAGGUCAUCGAGGAGCCUCCACAGCAAGUUCCUGCACAAACCACGUUCACCGUGGUCAAAGAAACCACAAUCAAAGAAGAAAUCCGCAUCGACAUUACCAAUCCGGACGUUCAGUUCGAGGAGGUCGAUGACUUUGAGGACGAAGAACAGGACGUGGAUCUGUUCGCCAACCCUGCACCGUUCCAGCGAGCCUACCGCAAGAAAGAAGACCCAGUCGAGUUCAAGCAACCAACUCCACUCCCAGACCUCCAGCCCACCACCAAAGGCUCCAAAGUUAAGGACGCCAUCCGACGCAGCUUCCGCAAACUAAUCCACCCAAAAGCAAACCAACCCCAAGUAACCGACCUGGACGAGAAGCCCAAGGAAGGCCUCAUCUCAACCAUCCGCCACAGUCUUCGUCGCAAAACCGGCAACAAGCCCAAACACCUCGAGGAAGAAACGCUAGAAGACUACGACGAUCCGGAACCAACCCCGAACCCUGGCGUUCUGGAAAUGUCCAUCAUUGCGGAAGCGCCACGGACCGUAUUCCGACAGCCGGCCACCGGCGAGUACAAGCCCAUCUCGAGCGGAGCGACCGGUUCCGGGCCGAGUGCGGCGGGUUCGCUGCUGCGCAGCAGUUUGCGCCGGUCCACCAAGGACGUCAAGCGGCACAUGAUGAAGAGUGUGUUCAAGAAAGAGGAGGCCAAGUGAGGCCGGUGUGAAUUUUAAAUCAUUAUUUUUUUUUGUAGUGCUAGGUUUUAGCUUGUAAGUUGAGUUAAGAAAAGAUACGAUUAGUUUGAAAUGAUGCCGAUUACCAAAUUUAAAACGAUACCAAAUUUUCAUUACGUUUGUUCCAGUGAGUCGUCGUUUACAACAUCACGUUUUUAUUUAUUUUUAUUAUUUAUUCAAUUUUUCAGCCAAAUUUAUUGGCAUACCAAAAAUAACACCCAUUUUUCAUAAGUUUAUCAAAACAUCUUGUCAUAUUUUAAACAAAGCAACCUUUGUACUGCUCAAUUUUUAUCAACCAAAUCCAAUGGCCUUUACACUUUAAGACAAUUAUGGUAAGACAAAUGGUAAGAACUGAAUAUAUUUUAAGUUUAAUUUGAUCAUCAAAUUUUAAAUUACUGUCAUCACGUUUGUAAUUCUAACAUUUAUGUUUUGCACCGUUUUAAUCUAUUUUAAUAUUUAACAAUAAA